ACGUUUGAAGUGGGCUGGCAUUCAGACAAGCAUGUGCUGACAUCACGGCAAGCCAGCGCAGUGAUAGUGUGCUGAGUGGACCCGUGAAAGGUAGCCCGCCUACCCACCUUGCCAGAGGGGCAGCUGAAAGUGGAUUUUUCUUUUUUUUUUAACUAGGAUCAUACAUCUUCUGUAGGAUCUGAUCCUGUGGGCAGGGCCCAAUACGGAUUGAGCUGGUGGACGUGGGUCUGAUGUAAUGGGAGCUUUGGCCAUGGACAGAUAAUGGAUGUGGAGACGUCAUAUUCGGAUUUCAUUACCUGUGAUCGGACGGGCCGCAGGAACGCGGUGCCUGACAUUAAAGGAGACGGCGUUACCGUGGGCACGGGCGAGCUAACCAAAGACAUGUCUGAGAUGAAGCUGAAGUCAGAAGAGGGGGAGGGCUCUGCUCAGACCCCGCCUGCGCAGGCCGACACUCCUGGGAACCGGGAAGCUCAAGCGGGUGGGAACCCCUCUUAGAUGGAGACCUGCCCCUCACCCCCCCCCCCCCCCCACACACACACACACACACACACACCCUGAAGCCUUCUCAAGCCCACCCCCAGCAAGUCUUCGCCUCUCCUCCGGAUACACGCUGCAGCCACAAAGCUUUGGGAUGCCGCCCACACACAGCCCCCCCUUGUGGAUUUAUUUUGGUCCGACAGUCUUAGAACGCAGAUGAAAAGUCCCUGGAAACACUACAAAAGCCAGCUCAGUCACUUUAAAAGAUAAAAGGAAAGACCGAAUGAAAAAAGCUAAAAAAAAAAAUAAAAAAGCCAGUAUGGUCCCAGCAUUAAAAAUGAGCUGCUCUAAACACCCUUUGAGAAACACAGAAGUCCGGCUCUUUUCUCUCCAGUUCCCAUCUAUUCAUCACCCACAAGGAGUGUAACUUAAUUGAACUGAACACUAUCAAUCACACAGAUACCAAAAAAGACUUAAAUCAUUCCCGAUUUUGUAUGUCCCUUAUGUAUACACCUUCUAUCUUACCUUGUUAUGCUUCAGUAUAAGUUGGUGGUAAUUAUUUGGGAAUAUUCAUGUAUGGGAUAAUAUUUAUUUUAAGCUUUUACCAGAGAUGUUUCUAUUAGGGUUUUAAGUAAUAAAAUUUGUAGAUGUGUGUCCAAAGUAUGUUGGAGUGUUGAUUUGAUUCCCGAUCAAAAUGCUUUUGUUACCUUUUUACGAACCGUGUUUUCAUCCAUGUUUGACAAAACGUUGUUUUUGACAACAGUGGAGCUCCCGUGGGUGUAGUUCCCUUGCCAACAACAUGAGAGCUGUGUUUGAUCCCACUCCAGCCACGGCCCUUAGGAUUGCUGGUUUUUGUUCUAGCUGAGUUAUCAAUUACCAAAAUAGGGUACUGAUCCAACAAAUUACAGAUUUAACAGGAAUCUGUUAGGAGAAGCGCACUGCUUAGUGAAAUCAAGCUGAAUCUGUAUUAAUUAUUGAGGAAGGCUGUACGAAUGUAAUGGUAUAGAUUUAAAUUUAGCAAGUAAGCUGUCGGUAUUUCUCAGACCUGUGUAUGAUUUAUGAAUAUAUAGAUUGGUGACAGUGCUAAUGUGUUUUGAUGAAUUUUACAAGAGUGACAUAAAAAAAAGCAUUUUUAAUAAGACAAACAGCUGUAUUUUUUUCUAGUAUCAACAAAUGUGUUUGGUUUCACUGUAAGUCCAAAAGCUCUUAGUUCAAUGACAUUUAAGCUACACUGUUAGUUUGGGGGUUGGUUUUAGCGAAUGGGUGAAUUAGUGAGGAGCUCAGCGGAAACCGAGACCAGCAGGAGCUCAGGUCAUGGCCCGAGAAGACGGCAGCUUGAUACCCCAACUCACCUGAUGCCAUAUUGAAUGAAUCGCAGGGACCCUCCCUUCAAAAUGUGUUCAGAAACUGAUCCCUGCCUCUGGUCCCAGAGUACUUGGGUUACUCUGCUGCUCCGUUCUGCUCCACUGUUCCAUGGGUGGGGCUACUGGUGAGCAGGGCGUGGGCAGUGCCAACCCGAAGGGGAUCGUCAUGCCCACCCAAGUGGAUCAUCCACCCGUCCAACUUCCCCACCAAAGGACCAACCCAAGACCUCACAAUUUGAGCACUGGUGACCACCAACAUACCUAACAUGGCCACCCAGGAUGACAUCCACCGGCACGUUUCACAUCCAUCUAUCCAUCCAUCAAUCCAUCCAUCCAUCUUUUGCCUAUGCCAGGGACCACAUCAUGUCAGGCAGGACAAACCCCAACUGGCUUCAGUCCUUGAUUUCAACAGCAUGUAGAUGUUGGGAGGUGCAUGGGGACAUCUCAUUGGUCUGCUUCAUGCUGCCUUUCACUGCUGGAGGUGCAAACACAUUAGCAUGUGUUAGCGAUGGUGCUCAUGAUGUGUGUAGAGAUCAGAACUUACGCUGGAACCGAAAUCGUUACAGGAGGUGUGAGGAACACAUUACAUUUACCCACCCAUAGCAAACUACAGCUUUGUUUUUCAUUCCCUGCAUAUUAGAUUGACCCCCCCCCACCCAAUGCAUUCCAGAUUGUUCUGAAUGGAGCUGCUGUCAGAUUGCUUUCAUGUUUGCAUAUUUCAUGUACAUGAUCUAUAAAAAAGACAGUAAUUGUGAUCAGGUAAGUGUUCAAGCUGCAGUGAAUAUUAUCACAACACUAUUUUCAGAUGCACUAUUCAACUUUCAGUAAUAGCAUUUGAAUUCUCUAUCUAUCUAUCUAUCUAUCUAUCUAUCUAUCUAUCUAUCUAUCUAUCUAUCUAUCUAUCUAUCUGUUCCAAUCUUUAUUUAGCCUUUCAUUAAAUCCUUCCUAGGACAGAAGACUGCACACCAAGUGAAAAUUCUGAUAAGAACAACACACAACACAGCAAUUUAUGAUGAAAAAACAUUUUAUAACAGUGCAUUGUCGCUUACAUCCACAGGUGCACCAAAGUACGUCAUAAUUGCGGAACUUUUUCAAGCAGUAAACAAAUCAUUCCAGAAUAAAUCAAACUCAAAAUAAAUGCAUUAGACAAAAAAGAAAAACAUUACAUGUGCAUAGAUCUACCUAAAAAGACACUUUUUUCAGUUAUAAGACCACUUGAGCUGUAAUCUAUUUUGAAAAGAUCACAUAAGUGACAGCAUAUCGCCACCUACUGUAGAUGUAAAGUACUACAUAAAAACACUUUGGUACUGUAACCUGAUGUAUAAUUCAUAUUUAAGCUCACAUUUUUCAUCUAUAUCUGUGUGUGUGUGUGUGUACUGCCCAGGUGUCUUUUAAAUCUGUAUUUGUUGAUGUGGUUUCCAUUUUGAAUGCCAUGCAGACUGUAAUGAAGAUGAUUAUUUCAGAAAUACAUUUUUUUUU